CCUCACAACUCACCGCAGUGAGCAAGGGAACAGGCAUACUGGUGAGGGGAGUCCACGGGACGAGACAGCUCUGCCCCGUCUCACCCUGUGGAUAGUCUGGUGGGCAGCUGUGUCCAGAAGGCUAUAGCGUGACCCAGAUAUCCCGGGGCUUUCAGACCACCCAGAACAGGAGAGGAACAUCGAACAAAUUCUCCCCAACUUAUCCAGGAGAAUCCCAUUUCUGGAAAAGUCAAGAGUGAAAAGAAGGGUCAGGAAUGUCUUCCACAGGGCUGGAACUGAUCGGCUUCACUCUGGGAAUGCUGGGUUUUUUAGGGACACUGGUUGCCACCAUUUUGCCCAACUGGAGAACCACUGCAUACACCGGCUCCAACAUUAUCACAUUCGUGGGCUACCUGAAAGGCCUGUGGAUGGAGUGUGCCUACCACAGCACGGGCACCAUCCAGUGCGAGACCUACAACUCCCUGCUGGCCUUGCCCUCUGAUCUCCAGGCUGCGCGGGCCAUGAUGGUCAUCUCAGUGGUUCUGUCCAGCCUGGGCUGUGUCAUCUCUUGUGUUGGGAUGAAGUGCACCACCUGCAUGCUGGAGUCCUCGGCUAAAUCCAAAGUGGCUGGCGCUGGGGGCUGCUGUUUCCUGGCUGCUGGCUUCAUGUGCUUAAUCCCUGUGUCAUGGACAACUAACGAGGUGAUCAGCGUUUUCUACGACCCUAACCUGUCCCACAGCUACAAGUACGAGAUAGGAGAGUCGCUCUAUGUGGGCAUGGUGUCUGCCUUGCUCUCCUUUCUAGGUGGGGGUAUCCUCUGUGCCUCCUGCUGUGGGCAGGAAGGGGGACUCCACCCUUACCCAAUCAGCAAUCUCCAGCACUCGCAGCAAAUGACUUUCCGGAACCCAGCGGCACACAACAGCAAUAACCAUCCCCAGAGCAAAGACCCCCGGCCCCCGGGACCCUCCUCCUCCUCCAGGACUCAGAGAACCAACUUCAAUGGCUACAACCUCAAUGGGUAUGUGUGACACUGCUAGGGUGGGUGAACUGGACUGGAAUGUACCAGGAAUUAUGGAACACUGACUCGUUACUUGACAGUGGACUAUCACUGGCACCCUGUGAAGUCAAACUUACACUGUCACCUUGCAGGACACUGGGAAAUAUGUCCCUGUACAGUGUAUUACAAACAGGUUGCAGUGCAUUUCAAAUGUUCUAAAACUUUAAAUAUGCUAUCAUAAAUUCUGUUGCUAAUCUACGAUAAAACUAAGCUAGGGCUGUAUUUUUUUCACAGUAAAAAGAUGGCUUAUUUCACUGCUUUUCACGAUCUGAAAAUAGGUAUUUCAAUAUAUUUUAUGAUUAAACAUAAUAUUAUUAAAGCAGAAAAAGGUGUUGUCAUGUUCAAAAUUGAUUUUUUUCUCGAAAUAUUUAAAUGCUAAAUUACAGAAUGUCCACCUUUUAAAGACAUCCGAUUUUCACCAUCAGUGAAUCAUCAAACAAAAUAAAACAUAAAUACAUUUAAAAAUAACAACAGACAGGUAAAAUGUCCCUUUCUUGUAUUAGACAGAGCGAUCUUUAGCAGAAAUGUUUCCGAUCUUUGAUGCAGCUGGUGUCCUUUUUACUGAAGACAUUUUAAAGAAAUCAUGCAGCUCUAGGCAGUGUGUGUUCAAUCAUUUACCAGAAGCAAAAUAAGAUGGUUGCCAGGUUAGAGAAUGCAGUGCAACAGUCAAUAAGGCAAACAUUUGCUGUAUUUAUUUUGAAGUGAUGAAAAACAUGCAUAUUUACACUAUUCAUUCAAAAAUUGGAAUUUUUCAAGUAAACCUACAUAUUACACUGCAAUGGGUACGCUUCAUGGAAAUCGUGAAAUCCAUUAUAACUAUAGUAAGUCAAACAGACCAAGUAAAAGCCUUCAUCAGUGGAAUCAAAAUCUAUUGUUCUGGUACACUGGGACCAAGUGUUUAAGUGUUCGUGUCGGUCACACUUUAAGGUACAUUAUCAAGCAUCUGUAAACAUGUUAGAAAAGGGGUUGAGGAUUAUUAUCACAGGGUAACAGAUGAUACAAUAUCUAUUCAAAAUAGAGAUCAUUUCAAAACCGUUUUUUCAUGUAUCUGUUUACUGAGAGAUACAAUUAAGGUACAUUUUUUUGUUUGUUUUGUGUGUCAUUUUUUCUUACUGAAUAAUUUGAAAGGUUUGGCACUGAAUAACUUUUUUGUAUUUAAGGCAACAGUGUUAAUAAGAAGAUGCAGAGUUUGAUAUAAAAUAAACCCCCAGAAUUUAUCUGUUUAAGUUAGGUUUAAACACACAGUAUUGUCCAUACAUUAUACUUGUUAUUUAAAAGAAUACUUCAGGAAUGUACAAGGGGGGUACGUUUUUACUGUACUCAUUUCUAUAUAUUGUAUUGGUGUCUGUGGAUCAAUAAAAAAUACAAACAAAUAAAAACAUACUGAAACUAGCAAGAGGCAUGAUUGAUCUAUUGGCUUUGUUUGGAACUUAAAUGAUGAAUAAAUAACAGCCACAUUUUCUUGCCUUACUGUACAGAUAUACAUAUUUUUUUUUAUUUAAUGCCGGAAGGCAGGUAACACAUGAGCAGUGAAUCAUGCGUUAUUUUUAUCCAACACGUCACUCCCCUAAGCACACAUCAACCACAGCAAAAGGUGUCAAACCAAUUUACUGCGUCUGCUUUUUUUUUUGUUAUACAGUGCAGUGGAAAUUCACUAUUUUGACCACCAAAAGGUUUAAGUAAACUGGUCUUACGAGGGAGUAGAUUUAUUGAAAAACACAGUUUCAUGUCAACUCAAUAAAACAUCCAAUGACAGAAGGACACCCCUACUAGCAAUAACCCCACUACAUGAGGAAAAGAUUUUAAAUUCAAAAACAAUUUUAAACACAUGUUGCAUUUCAUUACAGGUUCUGUAUCUUUUGAUAGGAACUAUUACUAUCUGUUUGCAAAACACUUCCUUUUCACAUCAGUUCAGCAAUUACAGUAUUGCAGUCAUAUGCAGGGGGUCACAGUGUUUCAUACAAAAAUCUAAUUAGGAUAUUGGAGCACAGGCUCGAUAAAGUGAUUUCAGGCGUAUUAUUCGGAUAGUAAAGUCCCUGCUAUAUACGAGAAUCAAGGGACAGGAUGUGCCAAUAAACAAGACAUAGGAAUAACAGUUGGAAAGCAAACUUAUCUUAUCUACUACUGGUAUUGAUUUUUAAAACACAAUACUGUGUAAAUAAACUUCACCUGCCAGGUGAACUCUAUUUGUAGCUCUCUUGGACAGAAAUUAACUCAUGCCCCACAUGUCAUAAACUGCUAUAGCCAACACUGAUUUCCAACACUUCUAUUGCCAUACAGUUUCAAUCAGCGUUUCUACAGGCUGGACCCUGAUGGAAGUUUGCUGUAUUAAAUGUUCAUGCUUCCCCAUGUAUGUGCAGUAACUGCAUCCUUUACCACAAUAUCACCACAUGGGCAGCAGUGUGGAGUAGUGGUUAGGGCUCUGGACUUUUGACCAGAGGGUUGUGGGUUCAAUCCCAGGUGGGGGGACACUGCUGCUGUACCCUUGAGCAAGGUACUUUACCUAGAUUGCUCCAGUAAAAACCCAACUGUAUAAAUGGGUA